GUUUGAAUCCAUAACAAUGAAUAUUUGUAAUAGUGUUCGCUAAUGUUAAUUGUGAUAAGUCAUUUUUCUACAUUUUUCUUUAUUCAAAUUUAAAUUAUUAGUCGAUAAAUUAAUCUAAAAUUAAUUUAAGAUAGGCAAUUGGGUUAAUUAGGCUUCACGCGGUUAAUUUUGCAAUUUUGUUGAUGCUGCUGCUGCUGCUGCUGCUGCUGCUUCUGGUGUUGUAGUUGUCUGCUAGCUCUUCUUGUAUUUUGUUGGUUGUUGUUAAAUGUUAACCUAAUCAUCUCUGUUUUGUCUCUCUUGUUUUAUACCUACAAGUUUUCAUUAUCAUCACAAGAACAUCAAGAUUAUGGAUUACCCUCGUGUCCUUCAUCUCGGUUGUCCCUAUUACAUGGGAAAAUCUUGCAAUAUCAAUGGAUAUGAUGUGAACUCAUCACCAGCUUCACCUUCGUCAUCAAAUGCUUACCAUUCUAAUGACCAGUCGAGAUUUGGAACAGCAAUACCUAAUCGUAUUUUUGUCGGUGGAUUAUCAUCUGAUACAACUGAAGCUGAGCUCCAGUCUCUUUUCGCCAACUAUGGUAAUAUUAUUGCAGUCAAAAUUAUUAGUGAAAAAUCUGGUGUUCCUAAAGGUCUUUACAGGUACGGCUUUGUUACUUUUGAAACUGAAGAUGAAGCUCGCAGAGUUCUGAAGGAGGCUGAUAAUCUUCAAUUACGAGGAAGGAAGCUCAAUGUUGCUAUUGCAAUACGAAAAUCUCCAGCAAGACUAGCCAAUGGACCUUUAUUAUAUCCUCCGAAUUCAGUGCCGUUUACUACUUUUGUUAAUGAUGGGCCUAAUUAUGGAUUUGCUGGUGAAGGAUUAUAUCCAAUGACUGUUGCACCUCCUAAUUCAUUUGGAUUAGCUCAUCCAAUUAUUUAUUCUCAGCCCACUCUUGUUGCUCAACAAUCACCUCAUCCAUGCGCUUAUCCGAAAAUCGAUGCAUUUCAAACUGGCCAACAUCAGCAGCAACACCAAUCACAGACCCAAGUUCCUAUUCCUCCUCAUCUUUACCAUCAUCAUCACCAUCUUCAAGCCAAUCUACCUUCAUCUUCAUAUCCAUCACCUUUUCCUCAGCCAGUUAGUGCAACUAACGGUCCAGUUUAUCUCACUUCUGGGAAUCCAAGCGCAGUUAUCUCAAAUCCAGUACAAGCCAUGCAACCGAUGCCAACGGGUCCUUGGAGGUGGCCAUCCAUUAAUGAGUGUAUCCCAUUUGUCAAUAUCAACCCUCUUUUUGGGUUGAAGCAAUAAUGCAUGCAAUAAAUUAAUUGUAUGCAUUAGGUACAAUAAUCAUGCAAAUAGUCGAAUAAUUAUGCAAUCAAUUUUUACCAUUGAUCUAUCGGCUAAGUCUGUAAUUGUAAAAAGCAAAUGCUCUCAAUACUAAAAUUGAUUAUUAAAAGCAUUCCAAUGCAUUUCAAAAAAAUUAA